GCCCGGUCCGAACUAACUGAACUCACAUGUGUUUGGCAGCUGCGGUGCUGCCAUGAGACCGGUCAGUUAAUGAUUGACCAUCUGCUUCGGUUUGGCGUUUAUUUGGGCUUGUUUAUGGUCAUUUUGCCAUUCCGUACGGAGCAGUAAGAGCUGUGUUCCAGUCACUUUAUAGCGCUUUUUGAACGUUAGCAUUAGCUUAACUCACAGCUAUGACAGCCUUGCGGGCAGCCAAACAGGCUCUUAGAAAGGAGAUAAAGAAGCGAGUGGCCAGUCUGAGCGAAGAAGAGAAAGUUCGCCAGUCACAGGCUGUUUCUCAAAAGCUGUUUGAACAUCCAAAGUACCGGAGCAGCCAGCGCGUAGCCGUAUUUCUGAGCAUGUCUGACGAAGUGCGCACCGAGGCCAUCGUCCAGCACAUGUUCAGCAGUGGAAAAGUGUGUUUCAUCCCAAAGUAUCUAACCAACAGCAGCCACAUGGACAUGCUGCAGGUGAACAGCUUGGAGGACAUCAGAUCGCUGCCUCUGACCAGCUGGAACAUCCGCCAGCCGGCUGACAACGACACCCAGCGUGAAGAAGCCCUAGACACAGGUGGAUUAGACCUGAUUCUGAUGCCAGGACUUGGCUUUGAUAAGAGUGGAAACCGUUUAGGAAGAGGUAAAGGCUUCUACGACACGUACCUGGAGCGCUGCAUGAGGCAUCCCAAAGGAAAACCCUACACCAUCGCACUGGCCUUCAAAGAGCAGCUGUGUAAAGAGGUCCCUGUGGAUGACAGUGACAUGCUCAUCGAUGAAGUGCUGUAUGAAGAGUGAGAUUCAUCUUAAGGGCCACUGUGAGCUCCAUCUACCUUCUAGCUCAACUAUAUAGGUGUACAGUCACAGACUGUAGCCCAUCUGUUGCACUUUAUCAGCCCUCCCUCUAUUCCAUUUCAUCAUUGGUCAGUGUCUGACCACAGAAACGCUAUUGUUCGGAUAUUAUUUGAGUGCUGGUGCAUUUUCAGCACAGAAGCUGACCACCGAUGAAGGACUAGAGGAUGAAGAACACAAACUGUGCAUCAGCAGAUAGACUGCAGUCUCUAACUGUACACCAGAAAGGUGGAAGGUCAGAGUUUCUAAUAAAGUGGCCAAUGGAUGUAUACAGUUGUGUGUAAAAGUUUUGGCACCCCUGGUCAAAUGACACAUUUUUGAUGAUUUUCUGCAGAGAACACACCUACACAUUUUCAUACAUAUGUACUCUUUAUUUGCUGAAUUUAACAAGUUGAGAAAAAAUAUAACCUUAAAAUGUGGCCUGUGCAAAAUUUAUGGCCCAUUUUUAUAUUUUAUGUUUUGUUUUUUCCAAUGUGUUGAACCAAAUAAGUAGAAAUUGCACCUUGUUCUCUGGAUAUGUUAAAAUAUUUUCGCAUAUAAAAUCAACAAAACAUGUAAAAGUGUUCAAACUUUUGCACACGACUGUAAGUAAAUCCAGUUUAGCCUGAGAAGCCAAAUGAAAGUGGGCUUACAACUUUCAGAAGUUCACACUGUUUGAAAUGUGUCACUCACUUAAAAGCAUGCUGAAAUGGUACUUAUUGACCCAAAAGCAAUUACGUGGUAAUGGAAAAUGCUGUGAUUGACUUUUUAAACUGGACACAGUAACAAACAGUGAUAAAUCAGAAGGACAAUGUGACGCUGUGUCUUAAGUGAUGUUCUCAUUGACUUUGCUUUACACUGAACUCUCUAAUGAUUACCUGCCCUUGUUUACCAAAGCCAAAGUAUACCAAAAUACCAAAGUAUUUUCAGGGUAUACACCCAGACCUCUUACAGUCAAGCAUUGCAUAUUCAUCCCAAAUGUAUAAAUGACUGAAUUUUAACACUGUGUAUUAGCUUAUAUUAUAAUUAACAGUGCUCAUCUUCUCAACUCUUUCUUCUUCAAGGGAGACGUGCAUGCUGUAUUGACUUCACACUGUACCUUUUUUGUUAAUUUAAACUGUACAACCCAUUAA